AUGUCAGGAAGACUGCAACGCCUGAUUCAUAGACCCCCCCAAUACCAUUUGGCCACAACAUUUGCUUACCAUCCCAAAGGCAACCAGACAGGUGAUGCUGCUAGAGCAGCAACUGCUUCAGUACGAUCGCCCAGAGUCCACGUCCGUGUUGCAGUGCGGACUCGCCUUUGGCUCGAAGAGCACCACCGACUGCCCGACCCGGAGAGACCGGAGACCACAGACCGACGGAGACCGGAGACCGCACCCAUGGAGGACGAAAAGGAGCUGGAAAUUCAGGUCUUCGGCUUGGAUGGAGAGGGAUUGGUGCUCCACGUGGCUCCGUCCUGGACGGGGCGGCAAGUGCGGAAGGCGAUCGCCCAGCGACGUCCGGCCAAAAGCGGUGCCAGAGUCCUUGUGCAAAGGGGAGCCGAAGCGGUCUUGCCACAGCAGAGCCUCAAAGCACAAGGGCUUGUUGAUGAUGCCAUUUUGUCCUAUGUCUACGAACCCGCUAGCUUGCAGGAUGCCUGGAAACUCAUCCACGGCUAUCCCGUUGAUGACGCGUCCAUGGCUUUAGAGGGCGUCACUCAGCUGGAAGGAAUCUCCGAGGAAGCCUUCGAACGGCUGGGGCUCCAUGGAGAACGCCUGCCGCGGAGCUUGGAGAGUUUCAGCUUCGCCGCAGACUUCAACGCACUGUUGGAAGGAGUAGCUUGGCCUCAGGGACUUCGAAGCCUGGUCUUUGGGCAUAGCUUUAACCAGAGUUUGGAGUCAAUGUCGUGGCCAAGCAGCUUGGAAUUUUUGAGAUUUGGACAUGAUUUCCAGAAGACUUUGAAACGAGUUGCCUUCCCCAAUUCAUUGGAGAGCUUGUCGCUGGGACAUGGCUUCAAUGAGCCUUUGGAGCAGAUCUCGUGGCCGAACGGCCUUCAAACCCUGAGCUUGGGACAUGAGUUCAAUCAGAACUUAGAGCGAGUGAGCUGGCCCAGCGACUUGAAAAGUCUGACCUUUGGCUGGGAGUUCAACCAGGACUUGAAAGAGCUCAACUGGCCGCGCCAUCUCCAAAGCUUAACCUUGGGCUGGUCCUUCAACCAGCCUUUAGAAGCCGUCUCCUGGCCCAGCAACCUCCAGAGUUUGACCUUCGGCGAACAAUUCAACCAGAGCUUGGAUCAAGUGAAGUGGCCUCCCAGAUUGCGAGAUCUUUCAUUUGGUUUCAGUUUCAACCAACAUCUCGAGCAAGUUGCUUGGCCUCGGAGUCUAGAGACGCUGACUUUGGACUUCAGCUUCAACCGGAGCUUGGGAGGUGUUGCUGCGGCCCAAGGUUUAAAGACUCUGACCUUGGGCAGUAGCUUCAAUCAGAGUCUGGAGGAAGUACACUUUCCUGAAGCCCUUGAAACAUUGACCUUCGGUCGUGACUUCAACCAGAGCCUCCAGAAUGUGACUUUUCCUCAAAGCCUCCGCCGUUUGAUCUUGGGUGAACGGUUCAACGAAGGUCUCAGACAUGUGAAGUGGCCAAAUAGCAUGCAGAGCCUCACGUUUGGCAGGAAUUUCAACCAGACGUUGGAGGAAGUUAAUUGGCCCAACAACCUCCAUUGCCUCACUUUUGGCUGGUGUUUCAAUCAGCGUAUGGAUGACACCUGUUUGCCCUAUAGCCUCCGAAGUCUCUCCUUUGGCGUUUGUUUCAACCAGCCCUUAGAGCAAGUGCACUGGCCGAGUUUGCAAAGUUUGACGUUCGGCAACCACUUCAACCAGCCUUUGGACGGAGUCACCUUGCCACAGGGCCUUCAGCACUUAGCCUUUGGCUGGGAAUUCGAUCGAUGCAUAGAGCAGGUGAAGUGGCCUCAGAGCCUUCUGAGUCUCUCAUUUGGCUGGACCUUCAAUCGAGCAAUUCAGGGCUCAUUUUUGCCUGAGAGUCUGCAGACCUUGGUCUUCGCUGGCAUGUUUGAUCAGAGUUUGGAGGGAGUGGCUUGGCCAAAGGGCCUCCUCAGCUUGACGCUGGGCUUCCACUUCAAUCAAUCCUUGGAACAAGUGACUUGGCCUCCAAGUCUGAGGAGCCUAAGCUUGGGCAUGAACUUCAAUCAAAGCUUGGACCAGGUGGCUCUGCCUGGCAGUCUUCAAAGUUUGACCUUGGGCCAUGGCUUCCAACAGAGUUUGCACACGGUUCGAUGCUUCCCCCGUCACUUGAGACGACUGGUGUACAAAGACUUGGUCAUUUCAGCAUGA